AGUUGAACGCGCAACGUUGCCCCGCACGGUAGGGGCUUACAGUUUGACAAGCACAAUCACACUCACACACUGACACGUGCAUGCACGGCUCCAACUGUUAAGCGUGCCUCUCAAACUUUGGUGAGAGUGUGUGUGUGUGUAAAAGGAGUAACAAUAACGAAAAGGACGCUUUUUUCGUGUGAAUCUCUGCGCAAGUUAAUCAAAAGUUCGCUCGCUGGUUGUUGUCGGUUGUUAUUGUUGCUGGAUCCCGUACAGUUAUCCGCUUGGACUGUUAAAGCAGUCUUUCGGGGGAGGAAGCCCUAAGAGUGUUUCGACCCGUUGUUGUUGUGGUUGCUGAAAAUCGUUAAAAAUAGGCAAAUGUUUGCGACUAUGUCACGAAUUGUCUGAACGACUAAAAUCCAUCCACAUACAAAUCACACCAACAAAACUUCACACACCCAUUCACACACACACAGCGACGGCUGCACUCAGGAUUCGCAUGGACAAAGGCACAAUGAAGCGCAAGCAGAGAAGAUACAGAACCACAUUUAAUACGCUGCAGCUGCAGGAGCUGGAACGGGCCUUUCAGCGCACUCACUAUCCGGAUGUGUUCUUUCGCGAGGAGCUGGCGGUGCGCAUCGAACUGACGGAGGCGCGCGUCCAGGUCUGGUUCCAGAACCGACGGGCCAAGUGGCGCAAGCAGGAGAAGAUUGGCGGUGCGGACUAUAAGGAUGGUUCGGGUCUCGAUCUAAAUGUGGACUUUGAUGAUAGCGCCGUGCUGGGACAGCUGGACAGUGCAUUGGCUGGUGGCGGCACACUGCUCCCAGAUACUCCACCGCAGUCUUCGAACUCCCUGGACAAUGAGCUGAAGGCGCCUUAUGGCACCGGAGGACUUUCGCCAUCCCGUCUGUCGCCCAACAUCUUUCUGAAUCUCAAUAUUGAUCACUUGGGAUUGGAGCGCGGUGGCAGCGGUCUGUCCAUGGAGUGGUCCACCUACCCGCCGUCCACGAGCUCCACGCAUGCUCCAGAGCUGACAACAACAGGAACAACAACAACAACACAACACCAGCAGCACGAGCAGCAGCAUCACUCUCAUUCUCAUCCGCACCAACAACAACAACUGCUGCUGGAUCAGGAUCAGGAGCAGCAGCAGCAGCAACAUGUUUGUCCGUUGCAGCAUCAGGCAUUGGCCAGUGCUUUUGGCGCUUCCCUCGAUUUGGACAUGUCGGAUACCUCUGCCUAUGAUGAGAUGAAGUUUCUCAGUGUGGAUCAGUUCACGAUCGAUAGCUUCAAAGCGGACUGCAUUCUGAGCAUGGAGCACAGCCUGCAACUGGAUGACAAACAGCAUCCGCUGACACAUCCCAACAGCUCCGCCGACAACUGCAACAACAGCUCUGCCUAUGGCGAACCGGAUCCGUCUGGUUUGCAUUCGCUGUGCCUAGACGGGAUCGGGAUUGGUGUUGGUAUGAGUCUCAAUCCCAAUUUUGGUGGUCUUUCGCUGCUCAGCUCAGAGUCGGCACCCAAAUCGCCGCCUUCACUGCUGGUGCUGGAUAAAACGCUGCCCUCGCUUAGCAUCGGUGUGGAUGGGAUUAGUGAGCUGGUGGAGCAACUGCAUCAUCAUGUGGGCGUCUAAUAACUAAAGAGUUAUGUUUAUUUAUCUAGGCGAAUUCUAAGCAUAGUUAAUGUUAUACGAUUUUAGCUGUAUUUUUGCUUCACAUGCUCUUUAUAAUAUAUAUUCCUAAGGUGCUUAUA